UGUGCGUGUGAUCAGCGUAUAUAUGACCACGCGCAUAAAUUGCAUACCUGCGUUUACCGUUAAUGCCAACAGAACCGGUUAGCUCAUCAAACACCGCAACACAGCACUGUGACAGUGUCAAGUAGUUUCUAACCGUGAAUAACAACCGUCGGUCGUCAACAAAACUGUGCCAAGUCGCGGCUACAAACAAGAUGGCGUUGUGUAACGUUAACGUGUGCGUGUACGCGCUCGUGGUGAUGUUCGGGCUAGGCUCGUGGCUGGCUGUCAACGGUCUCUUCGUGGAGCUAUCGUUUCUCGUCUCGGAACUGCCCGAGGGGUGGAGCCUCCCAUCCUACAUAACAAUCAUUGUACAGGACCACAGCACCGCCCUGCUCUCUCUCACCUUCUUCAUGGCUAACCAAUACGAAUACGUGACGGCGUUCUUCAUCGGAGCCGGCCUCAGCGGCCUCAUCCCGAGUCUGCUGGCACUCAGCCAGGGUUCGAACGCCGAGCCGACGUGCACGAACACGACGAACAGCAGCGACGGCAACUUCACGGUGGAAUGGGUCUACGGCGAGCCGCACUUCUCCGUCGAGAUCUACUUCCUCUGCCUCGCCGUGCUGCAGCUGGCUAGCGGCAUCGCCUUCCUGCUGCUCAACGUGUUGCCCGUGUGCAAGCGAGAGCACGACCCGACGCGCGUCGACAACGACAAAAAGCCGACAGGUGAGAAGCCGAGCGGGGACGCGCCGGAGAAGACACCCGGGCAGCCGCGAGCGCACGACAACCCGGCGUACGAGGAGGACAGAGACGAGUACGACGACUUCGUCGAGUAUAGGCGCGCGUCCGUCGCGAUGGGAGAGUACGCCGUCGGGAGGAGGCUUUCGAAAAAGAAAGAGGAACCUCCGGCGGCCGCCCGCUAUUCCUCUUCGGCCGUCGCCGCCGCCGGUGACCUGCCGGCGGGGUACGCGCCCGAGCCGGUAAAGCUGAGCGCGGGUCAGCUGGCGUGCCUCUACGUCGUGCAGAUGUGGGUGUCGGCGUUGAUGAUGGGCGCGCUGCCGUCCGUCGGCUCGUUCAGCGCGCUGCCCUACGGCUACAACAUCUACCACCUGUCGCUGACGCUCUCCACCAUCGCGAACCCGCUCGCCUGCUGCGUGCCGUUCGCCGUGACGGCGGCCAGCGUGCCGUCGCUGACGGGUCUCACCGUUCUCGCCACGGCCGCCGGAGCGUAUCUGCUCGCGCUCGCCGCCACCAGCCCCGAGCCGCCGCUGCUCGACACGUCGUACGGCGGCGCCGUGUGCGUCGCCGUCACCGUCGCCGCGUACGCGCUCUUCUCGUACGUCAACGUGUGCCUGGCGUCGCUGUUCCGUGAGCAGAGCCACCGCGCGCUGUUCUGGUGCGGCGUGGCGACGCAGGCGGGCGCCUUCGUCGGAGCCAUCGCGCUGUUCCUGCCCGUGAACUGCUUCAAUCUAUUCGAGGAGACGCCGCUAGAGUGUGAAACAGUGGUUCUUAACCUUUUCUGAGUCAUGGACCCCUUUGAGAAUCAGGUGAAAGCUACGGACCGCUCCCCAGAAAAAUGCAGUUAUAUCAGCACGUAAACAUCUUCACGGACCCCCUGAAGCCCAUCCACGGACCCCCUAAAGCCCAUCCACGGACACCCUGAAGCCCAUCCACGGACCCCAAAGCGUUCCACGGACCCCAGGUUAAGAACUACUGGUGUAUAACGAUAGAGAUCGCUGCAAACGUUACGGGAAGUCUCGUGUAGCGACACGUUCCAAACAUCAAGGAGUCUCGUGUAGCGACACGUUCCAAACGUCAAGGAGUUUCUGUAUCGACACAUACGCACAGCGGUUCAUGAGUGCGCUAAACUGUGUGGUAAUCAUUGCGAAAGGCAUGCACGCGGUUUCAAGGCUCGCCAUCAAGAGGACGGGGUUGUACAAUUUGUAGGAAAUGUAGUUUAUGAAAUUAAUAUUCAUUCGCAAUUUUUGUUGCAAUUAUGCAUAUGCAAGAAUUAUUUUUGUUUUAAAUAUUAUAAUUUGCAAAUUACUGCAAAAAACGGUUGGACACUCUUAUUCAUAGGUAAAGUUAGAUAGUUACCCAUUUGCCAGUAUUCACUGUAUUCUUUACAGUGGUAGACUAAGAGGCACAUAGCCGCCGUCUUGGUACAUGAACCAAAUAUUUUAUUAUUUUUUGGGGGAUU